GUUUUAUUUUAGAAAAAUGGCGGCUUCCAUUGACGUGGAGCGUAAACAUCGCAGCAUUAUCAACAGUUAAUUAUCCGGCGCAGAGGCUGGAUGUCGAAGGUUGGCGAAGGACUGCGAGCUGCUAACAGGCAGUAAAAUUCAGGUGUAAAGAUGGCAGCAGAUGGAGAAGAGAGCCCUGUGUCAGAGCUGUCAGGGUUGCAGAUGAAAGUGGGGACACUUAAGAAGAAGCUGAGGAUGUGUAAAAGUGAGAUCCACAAGUUACAGAAGAAACUGUGCAAAUCGCGGCAGCAACAGGAAGCCACCGAGCGAUACAAUGAUGACUUGAGAACACAGGUUGAUAAAUUAAGUGCAGAAAUCCAUGGACGUAAACAGAAAGAAAAGAACAGAGUAGAUGCAGAAACACAAACUGAUAACUAUUCUUCCUGGACGGAAUCUGAUUACUACAACUACUAUUAUGGGACUUAUUAUCAGAGUGGAAGUGAGCCAUCGGAAGUGCAGACUGAAACGAAUUCUGAGAUGCCCAAUAACUCUGAAACUACUGAUACAAGUGGAGCACUGACAGGGCAUGUUCCAGACUGUGCACACUCCACGGAAGAUUCUGGUAUUGCCUCCAAGUCAGAGGAUACCAAUGGCACCUCCAUUGCUGACAUGAUUCGUGCCACAGCUGAAGAAGCGGUCUCUCAGACAGGAUUUGUCUUUGAUGAAGCAUCUGGGAUGUAUUACGAUCACAGUACAGGCUUUUAUUAUGAUUCGAGCAGUCAGUUGUACUACGACGCAAAUACGGGGAUGUAUUACUACUAUGAUACCGAUAGUGGGCGGUAUCAGUUUCACUCCCGAGUGGAGAUGCAGCCUUACCAGGCUACUACUGAGCCAAGCCAAGACAAGAAAAGCAAAAAAAGAAAGGGAACUGAAAGAUCCACUCCGAAAGAUAAGAGCCUCAGAGCUGAAACAGACAUGGAGGAGUGUGAAAGCAAGAGGGCUGAGCAGAUGCGAAAGAGGAUUCUGGAGUACUCAGAGGAUGGGGAGGUGGAGAGGGCUGAGGAUUCCAAAAGAGGCAGGUGUGCAGUGCGGUCUGAUCCCAGCAAUCAUUGGACUACACGCUCCUGCAACUCCAGCAGCGAGAGUGAGCCUGAGGAGGGUGAAAUCAGGGAGUCUGAUGGAGAUCAAGACUCCUACUCUGAUCCAUCUGCUGCUGCUGAUGGCUCUGGGUCUGAGGAGGAGGAGCUGGAAGUGCAAGAAGAAGCAUGGCCGCCUUGUGUGAGAGUGACAGUAGUCCGCUCUCCAGUCUUGCAGACGGGGACCCUCUAUAUCAUCACAGCUGAUACACCGGCAACCAUUGGCAGGGAGAAAGACAUGGAUCAUACAAUCCGAAUACCUGAAAUGGGUGUCAGUAAGUUCCAUGCCGAGGUACGUUUUGAUCCAGAUUUACAGUGCUACUUACUGGUGGACCAAGGGAGCCAGAAUGGAACCGUGAUCAAUGGGAACAGGAUUCUACAACCUAAAACCAAGUGUGAGCCUUGUGUGCUGGCGCAUGGAGAUGAGAUCAAGAUGGGGGAGACCGUUCUGUCCUUCCACAUUCACCCGGGCAAUGAGACGUGUGAUGGCUGCGAGCCGGGCCAGGUCAUCGCACACCUCAGCCGGAACAGGAAGGACGAGACCAGCGGAGCAGUUCUGCCUAAAGAGGAUAAAGAGAUACAACGGCUGAAAGAGCUGAAGCAGAUGAAAGUGAAAUAUGGUCUGACUAAUAGUGAAUACGAGGGAGCCAAAGCACUGAAGAACUCCAAGUACAAGGACCGUGCUGAAGAGCGCCGCCAGGUGGUGGGGAGCGAGGGGACCUUUCAGAGGGAUGAUGCCCCAGCCUCCGUCCAUGUAGAAAUUGGUGAUUCCAACAAAGGUCGGAAGAUGCUGGAGAAGAUGGGCUGGAAGAAAGGUGAAGGACUUGGAAAGGAUGGAGCAGGAAGAAAGGAUCCGAUAAAACUACAAAUCAGGAAGUCACAGGCAGGGCUGGGGGUAAAUGCAGCUGUGUCAGUGGAGGACAUCACACUUCCUUCUUCCAAGAACCAAAAGAACUGGGAGAAGGCAAGGGAGAGAUUUGCUGACAUGUGCCAGCCUCCUGCAUCCACAAAGAAUGAGAAGAACAAGCCUAAAUCUUGGGUUAAAAGUGAUACCACUGAGUCAUGAAAACAGCUGAGUCGGGAUGAUGGAACUCGCUCACAAAUCUCAAAAUUUGUGAGAGACCCUGACCCUCUGCCCCAGGCCCAUUUUACAUAUAUUUGUACAAAUAAAGCUUUAAUGGUGUAUUGGUGCACAUCCUCUUUUUUCUAUUAAUCCAUUAUUUUGUCUCUUCAGUGUGAUCUUGAGGUGAGAAAUCAUAUAGUUUUUUUAAUGAUGGUGUGCAACACACAAUAUUCUUCAGCACAUAUUGGGAUCAUGGAAGUUAGCAUAAAUUGGAUGUCCAAGAACCACACUUUCUCGUGCCAGUGUGGGACAUGUAACAACAAUAACUAUGUCCUAGGUGUUAUGCAGUGUCGUUCGCUGAUAAGCAUAAUGAAAACUGCUCAAGUUGAACUGACCUCCAAAAUGUACAAAAAGCAUUUUUAAAAUGUAAAAUUAAU